AAACAAAAAACACACAUCAACGUCGUCCCACGGACAUUUUUUACUUUUUUAUUUCCGGUCAAAGUAAGCCAAUCGUCUUCCUUCAAAUUCUCGAAGGGUAGUUUCCGCCGCCAUCGUCCUCCCGGCCCCGCUGACCGACCGACUGUCCAGAUUGCUGUGCGGCAGACAUGGGAAGGAUUGGUUUGCUCGCUUCGGAUUUGAUAAUCUCGUUCAUGUGGGUAUGGUCGGGGGUUUUGAUUAAGAUCUACGUGUUCAGCAUUCUGGGGUUUGGUCACGGACCCGGCGGUGAGAUUAUCAAGUGCGCCCUUUCGAUUGUGAACAUGUUCUUCUUCGCGUUGCUGGGAAAGGUUACCAACGGUGGCACCUACAAUCCUUUGACCGUGUUGUCCGGCGCAAUUACCGGGGAUUUCAGCCGCUUCCUUUUCACUGUUGGUGCCAGAAUCCCUGCUCAGGUUAUCGGCUCUAUUACUGGCGUUAGGCUCAUAAUCGCGACCUUUCCUGAAGUAGGUCAUGGUCCUCGCUUGAACGUUGACCUCCAUCGAGGUGCACUCACAGAAGGGUUGCUGACAUUUGCGAUUGUUACUGUCUCGCUUGGGCUUGCCAGAAAAAUCCCGGGGAGUUUCUUCACAAAGACUUGGAUCUCGAGUGUUUCCAAGUUAACUCUUCAUAUUCUCGGCUCUGAUCUGACUGGCGGUUGUAUGAACCCGGCUUCUGUGAUGGGAUGGGCUUAUGCUCGUGGCGACCAUUUUACAAGGGAGCAUGUCAUGGUUUACUGGCUCGCCCCGAUAGAGGCAACUCUGCUGGCGAUAUGGACAUUUAGGGUCGUCGUUCCACCAGUCCAAGAGGACAAGGUAGACAUGAAGGCUAAAUCAGAAUGAAGAAAUUCCACUGCAUUUCUCGAUAUGUCCAACCGAGGUUCUAACCUGUUAACAUUUAGAGAAGACAGCAAAUGGUUGAAUUAGGCAAGUUUCUCCUGUGUAUGAAAUCAUUGCUGCCCUUGAAUUUGUAAUCUAUGAAAUUGAGGGUAUUUCAAUACAAUGUUCCUGAAUUUCAAUUCA